CGUCCGAUCCGGUUGGUCCGCGGACGAUGGCGUCACAGAGGACUUUAUAGGUUCAGAGCGAUCCUGAGAAGCUGCGACUUCAAGACGGAGAAGAAGUUUCUUUCAAUCUGAUUGGCUGAGCCGCAGCCUGUGGGCGAUGACCUCACGAGUAGCAGCUUGGGCGAAUCUGAUUGGCACCAACGGACCUCCUGGGUGAUGACAUCACGGCAGAAUCGAACCCCAGGGAGCUCGGGCGAUCGUGAUUGGCCAGGCCUGAGCCUGCGGAACUUCAAAGCCAGAGUGGAGCUACAACUGUGGCGAGGUGGGCGGAAAACACCAGUGCAGUGUGUAGAGCUGAAAAACAGGCGAGUUAACUCAUAAAUGCAAAGCUAUUCUCAAACGCGGACACGUCUGGGAUGGCAACUUCACUUCUAGGGGAAGAGCCAAAGUUUGGAUCCACUCCUCUAGCCAUGCUGGCCGCCACCUGUAACAAAAUCGGGAGCGCGAGCCCCUCGCCGGCGCUCUCGGACGGCACGGCGUUCGCCAAAGGCUUCCACCCGUGGAGACGCAGCGGCGCUGGAGGCGGCUGCGGUGCUGGAGGCGUCGGCCUCGCGGCGGGCUUGAUGCGCGCGGACUCCUCUUCCUCCUCCUCCUCGUCGCCGUUCAUCGCGAGCGGCUCUCCCGCCGCGUCCAGCGCCUUCUCAUUGACCUCGAGCCCCGCCGGCGGCGUCGGAGGCGCGUCGGCGAGCCCCUUCGCCAACGACUACUCGGCGUUCCAGACGUCGUCGGUGUCCUCGAGCGCGAGCUCUCCGGAACCCGCCUUCCACCUCUCCAAGGUGCACGCGCCCGUGGACGGCCUGCAGGGGAUCUACCCGCGCAUGAGCGUGGCGCACCCGUACGACUCUUGGUUCAAGUCGGCGCAGAUGGGGGACGCGGUCGGCGGCGCGUGCGCGGGAGCGAGCGCGGCAGGAGCGGCGGCGUGGUGGGACGUGGGUCCGGCGACUUGGAUCGACGUGCAGGGCGCGAGCGGAGCCGCCUCGGCGCUCCAGACGUCGCUGCACCACUCGCCGCUGGGCGCCUACGGCUCGGACUACACGGCCUUGGGUCACGCGGCGUUCGGCACCGGCCCGUCGCCGCCGCCGCACCUUCUGGCCGGCGGGCAGCACGUGAUGGACGGAUUCAAGACUAUGCUUCCGGCCUCGUACCCAGACACGAGCGCCGCCGGCGCAAGCGCGUCGCCCGCACUCCCGCUCGCCGGCUCGCCGCGUUCGUCCGCGCGCCGUUACUCGGGCCGGGCCACGUGCGACUGCCCUAACUGCCAGGAGGCCGAGCGACUGGGGCCGGCUGGCGCGAGCCUGCGCCGAAAGGGCCUUCACAGCUGCCACAUCCCGGGCUGCGGCAAAGUCUACGGUAAGACGUCUCACCUCAAGGCUCACCUGCGCUGGCACACGGGCGAGCGGCCCUUCGUGUGCAACUGGCUGUUCUGCGGAAAACGCUUCACGCGCUCCGACGAGCUGCAGCGGCACCUGCGCACGCACACCGGCGAGAAGCGCUUCGCGUGCCCCGUGUGCGGCAAGCGCUUCAUGCGCAGCGACCACCUCAGCAAGCACGUGAAGACGCACAGCGCGGGCGGCGCCGAGGCCGGAGCGCAGGGCGGCGCGUGCAAGAAGGGCAGCGACAGCGAGAGCGAGCAGAGCGCGCCUGGCAGCCCUGCGUGCCGCAGCCCCGAGCACGCAGGCAACGUUAACGGCCACAGCUCGACCAUCAGCAGGACUGCGUAAAGAGAGAGAGAGAGAGAGAGAGAGAGAGAGAGAGGGAGAGAGAGAGAGAGAGAGGGAGAGAGAGAGAGUGAAAGAGAGACAGACAGAGAGGGAAACACUGCACAUGGAACACGGACACAAGCGCCGGGAGACGCACUGAUGAGUCCUGCGUUGCUGAACGGACACUUUCCGAGUGAAUGGUGUUACAUUCACUCCAGUUCAGGUCGCUGGACUGAAUUCUUUCUUUAAGCGCUGAAUUCGCUCUAAAAGUGUUCAGUAUUUCCGUGUAAGAGGAAUGAAUGUUCUGCAUCAACAAUUCAAAGUACUAAAUUAACCCAGACAAAGUGUUGUUAUACUUAAAAUGUUUAAUGUUGGACUUAAAAUAUUAACUGAAUGAGCAAAAACUGGCUGCAUAAACUCUAAAAGCGCUGAAUUAUCGCUCAAACGCUUAAUUAAUACUUAAAGCCUUGAAUAAACACAAACAGUCGAGUGUAUAAACUCUAAAAGCGCUGAAUUAUCGCUCAAAUGCUUAAUUAAUACUUAAAACGUUGAAUAAACACAAACAGUCGAGUUGUAUAAACUCUAAAAGCGCUGAAUUAUCGCUCAAACGCUUAAUUAAUACUUAAAACCUUGAAUAAACACAAACAGUCGAGUUGUAUAAACUCUCAAAGCGCUGAAUUAUCGCUCAGAUGCUUAAUUAAUACUUAAAACGUUGAAUAAACACAAACAGUCGAGUUGUAUAAACUCUAAAAGCGCUGAAUUAUCACUCAAACGCUUAAUUAAUACUUAAAACCUUGAAUAAACACAAACAGUCGAGUUGUAUAAACUCUCAAAGCGCUGAAUUAUCACUCAAACGCUUAAUUAAUACUUAAAACCUUGAAUAAACACAAACAGUCGAGUUGUAUAAACUCUUAAAGCGCUGAAUUAUCGCUCAAACGCGUAAUUAGUACUUAAAACGUUUAAUUUAAACACAGACAGAGUUCUGCAAACUCUGAGAGCUGAAUUAUCACCUGGGUUAACACUGAAAUGUUUCAUUAUAUGAUUAAAACGGUGAACUGAUGUGAGUCCUCUCUCAAGUACUGCUAUCAUAUUUAAAGCGUUUACUUGCACGCUUGCGUAAAACUCAAAGUGCUGAAUUAUGACUUUCAGUGCUGAAUUAAUGCGUAAACAUUUUAAGGCGCAAAAAUAUUGAACUAACCCACCAAAUGUGAGCUGCUGAAUUGAACCCUCGAAGUGCUGAAUUAUAGCUUACAGUGCCGGAUGAACACAAACAGAGUUGGAGCGACUCCUGAAUUUUCAGUGAUUCGGUGAUUAUUUUGAGCUUAGAGCGCUGAAUUCGCGGUAAAGGCUACAGACGUCAGUUCAGCACUUUAAAUGCGCUUUCAGGGCGAAUUCAGCGAGGCCGGUUGUGAAUCCGCAGUGUCGGUGUUAAUGCACCAUGGCGAGUGGUCACUCCGCUCGGUGCAGUGAAAGAUGGACAUUCUGCGCCAUUUCUGCAUAAGCGAGCUCGUGCGGUCCGUCUCCAGCUGCGGGAGUGGACUUUGGGGAUUUGGCUGCGCGCUGGAACGAAGGAAAAGUGGCUUGGGACUCUCUCCGCGUUAAGGCGAAGGCUGUGGUCAGUUCCCGUGGAAAGGUACGAAACAUGUGACGUCACUGGGGCAAAGAAAGUUCGUGUGAAAGGGCAAUUCCACCAUUUUUUAAAAAGUGUCCGUGUAAUCCAUUCCCUGAGAUGUAAACAAUGUCAUUCAAAGUGCUUUUGGACUGCGGAGAAACUUUUCUUUGCAGUCGUGGUGAUGGGAACCAAGGGUCGCCAUGACUACAACACAAACAUGGCUAUUUUAUUUACCACCGGUGAGCCCGCGCGCGAGCUUUUUAAUGUUGGCAUUAAAAUGGUAUUAAAUCCAGAAAGAUGUCAUUCCUCUGGGGGACGGUUUUACCCCGCAGUGUACCCCACCGCCACGCACGCCUUUUAAUAAUCCGCCUUUUAGGCUAAAUCUUUACCUCAAAGCCGUCAGAAAACAGCGUCUUAGACAUCAAGCAGACAGUGUAGGGACUUUCUGUGAGGGAAAUUUUAGAGGUGGACGUCUGGGUCCCCUCACCACCGGUGUGGGCAGUUCUGACUCAGUUUCGUUUCACACCAAACCGCUCUGAACGACCGUGUCCACAUCUUAACCAUUUCGUUAUGCGCCAACUUUGAAAAAGUGGGUGGGGUUGCCCUUCUAAUUAGCCAGGACGUUUCAGGUGUAUUCAGAAACGAUGAGUGUGGGUCAGAGACACUGAGCAGUGGCCACUUCCACUGAGCCAUACAGCCUAAGACACUUCACUAAAACACCCAUGAUGAUGAUGAUGAUGAUGAUGAUGAUGAUUUUAUGUUUACACUGUAUUUCGGAGUUUACCAUGAAAUGUCUUAAUUGAUUGAGUUCUAUUGAGGCACUUUACUCUCCCUGUGUGCGCGCGAGCGGCGGGUUCCCCCAAAAGCAGGGGGACUCAGACGACGCUGAAGUGGUGGUGGGCCCUGUCGACGUCCUCUUACUGUUCUAAAGGGUCCAGUCGUCCCCGGUGUGGUCCUGUACUGUAGUUUAAUCCCCUCCGUGGAUGGACGUAGUUGGCUGUGUGUGAGAGCGCGGCGGACUCAACACGUGUACAUAACUCGCGCUCUCUCCGCGUUAUUUAUCCACCAGUUCGUGCUUUGAAGUCUAUCAGAGUCGCACUUUGAAUUUAUAUUUAUGAUUUUAGCAUAGAGGCGUUUCAGGUCCUUAAUCUUUAUUGUUUUGUUUUUGUUAUUUUUUUCCUUUCUCUUUUUUUUAUUUAAUCUUUUGGUUUAUUUAAUUGCGCAUGCGUGUUUGCAUUUACUGACUAUUGAUUUUAAGGUUUAAUUCCUCGUAAUAAAGUCAGAUUGGGUUUGA